AUGCAAUGGGACGAGGAGGCCUUCGGACGCGAAUACGACCUCGACACCCUGAACGUUGUUUGCGUCAACGACUUCAACAGCGGCGCCAUGGAGAACAAGGGUCUCCUCAUCUUCAACUGCCAUUCCCUGUUGGCGCACCCCGAUAUCAGUACAGACAUCGAGUUCUCUCAAGUGAUUUCAACGGUGGCCCACGAGUACUUCCACAACUGGACGGGCAACAGAGUGACAAUUCGAGACUGGACCGAGUUGUGGCUUAAGGAAGGCCUAACAACGUUCCGCGAGCGGCUGUUCAGCACCACUUUGGCGCCUGCUGCUGUGCACCGGAUCGAAGACAUGAAGCGGCUCAUAAAUUUGCAGUUUCCAGAAGAUAGUGGGGCCCUUGCAACUCCUGUGAGGCCGGAGAGCUACCUUGCAGUCCACAACCUCUACAACCGGACCACCUACUGGAAGGGAGCAGAAGUGAUGCGCAUGGUACGCACCAUCUUGGGCGAGGAGAAAUACCGCAAGGGAAUGGAUUUGUACUUCAGAAGGCACGACGGAAUGGCCGUGACCUCAGAAGAUUUCAGGGCGGCGAUGUCAGAAGCCAGCGGCAUCGACCUCUCAGCAUUCGACUUGUGGUUCCGCCAAGCGGGUACUCCUACAUUGCGAGUCGUUUCUGUUAGCUUCGACAGCUUUAUGGGGGCUUACACCAUAACACUUCAGCAGAAGGUAGAACCAACGCCGGGAGAGCCCGAAAAGAAGCCACUGUUGGUGCCUGUGGCCAUUGGUCUCAUCGGCAGACGCAGCCACAAGGAUCUUCUGAACCCCCCCACGCAGGUGGUGCUGAUGACGCAAGAGGUGCAGAGCUUCCGCUUUACAGGCAUUCGAGAGGCCUGCGAGCCUUCGAUACUGCGGGACUUUGCAUUCGACUUGUGGUUCCGCCAAGUGGUGCUGAUGACACAAGAGGUGCAGAGCUUCCGCUUUACAGGCAUUCGAGAGGCCUGCGAGCCUUCGAUACUGCGGGACUUCUCUGCCCCGGUUAAUCUGGUUUAUGAACAGACGGUGGAUCAGCUUGCCUUCUUGGCGGCGUACGAUACGGAUCCCGUCAACAAAUGGAGAGCUGUCCAGAACCUCGCAACGCGAGUCAUUCUGGGUAGAGUUAAAAAUGCAAGGAGAGACAGGAACAUAGAUGCACUCCCGGCUCUAGACAAGGCGUUCCUUAACGCGUUCAGCGCUGUUCUCAUGGACUCCGGGAGCGACAAGAACGUCAAAGGCCUGACUUUACGUCUGCCUGAGAUAGCGGAAUUGGAGAGCCAUGUAGAGCCAGUGGACCCGGUGGCUCUGCACAGUGCUCGUUACUCCGUGAUGCUCGAUUUGGCGGCGGCGUUCAAGGCGGAUAUGCUUAAUUUGUACAAAGACCUCACGGUGCACAGGGUUGAGAUAUUUGAUCAUCAAGAUAUGGGCAGGCGACGCCUCCGGAAUGAAAUCCUGUCCUACCUGUGCAGCGCCAGAGAUCGCGAGGCCGCACUGCUUGCCUAUCAGCACUUCCUUUCUGCAAAGUGCAUGAGUGACAAGUUCUACGCCCUCAGGUGUCUAUCCAGUAUGCAGCAACCUGAAAGACAAAAGGCAUUCGACCUGUUCUAUGCAGAGGCAAAGGGCAACGCCCAGCUGAUAGACCAUUGGUUCCGCUUGCAGUCAGCAGCUGAGCUGCCGGACCAGCUGGAGCGCAUUGAGUUGCUGUUGGAGCAUCCUGACUUCUCCUAUGAGAACCCAAACAGGCUUCGAUCCGUCUUCUCGGUGCUGAGGCAGGUCAACUAUCUGCACUUCCACCGGGAAGACGGCAAGGGAUACAGGCUCGUAGCGGAUGCUGUUCUGAAGGUUGAUAAAUUCAAUUCUAGUAUGGCCGCCACGCUGGCGGGCCACUUGAAGGGCUGGAGGGCCUAUGUUUUCGAUAGACAAGUUCUCAUGAAGGAGCAGUUGCAGAGAAUUUUGGCAGAGCCUUCUUUGUCUGAUGCAGUGAGGGAGGUUGUCUCGCGAUCACUUGCGAAGUAG